AUUUGAUUAAGUGGCAGAAGUAGCCCACGAGCAGAUAGAUAACUCAUCUCGUUCAUCAGUCACACCACCGCAAACAAAAUGUUCUCAGUCGUUUCUCGCUCAAGCUCACGCGUUGCCCAAGUGGUGUCUCGCCGUUCUUUCUUCGGCUCGUCUAAAGACCCUGUCAAGGACGCAUUCGCCUCAGAGCUUAAGAAGAUCAAGGCCCUGCAGAAGUCUGGCAAAAUCGAGAAGACCGAGGAUCACGCCCGCCUGAACCAGGCCAUUGAAUCCGUUAAGAAGAUGGACGGACUCAAGGCUACCGGAGCCCAGAUGUAAAACAAUGUAUUAAAAUCUAGCGCAUUCAGGAGGAUGUGCAUCUGCACACUCUGUAGUUGGGAAUAAAGUAUGGCACACUCCUAGGCUCAUGGAUUGUAU